AUGUCCCAUGACGAUAAGCAGUUCCUCCUAGAAUAUAUUAGUCACGAAAAGCUUGACAUAGGACAGGUCUAUCGUCAGCUUCUACCUGAUCACAAGCAUACUCCGAAUUUCAAAGUGCAAUUACCUUGGCUCACAAUAGGUGGAGGCUGUGUUGAGAAAGAUGUACGACGUAUACGGAGUGGUAUUGACUUCACUGCGGCUCUUGAAGAUGUGCAAGAAGAGUACGAGGAAGUUGCUCAGCAACCAGAGCAUCAAGACGCGGUGUCGUCUCUAAACCAUGAGCACGAUGUACCCAAUUUCGUGAAGAAAUAUCUGGAGCGAGCAUUGAAGAAUAAUCUAUUACAGGUAUCUCAGAACGACAUUCGAUACUUAGGGGAUUCUCUUUGCACUUCGAUUAGCAGACCGGUCAUACUAAAGCUGCUCGACGAUGAGCUGCCACGUCGUACAUUGUCGACAUUGCCUGCCCCACGAGUCUGGCAAGAGAACGAUUUCGAGCUCGAUACGCAUCAAUCACUUGCGCCUGGCCCCGGCAAGAAGCAGACACCGAACUCUCCAGCAUUACCAAAAGAUCUCAUGCUCAAUGGGAUAGAAUCUGAUCAUCUCUCCCAGCCCACUACUACCACGAAUGAGCGGCCAAACCAUGGGGAAUCUCUAACGUCUUCCCAAAUGGAAAUGUUAGACUCAUUCGUCGACUGGACUCAAUGUUCUUCCGAACAAGAUCUAAAAAGUGACGUUUUGGAGUGUGCCGACAAAUCUAGUCAUGAACAAACCAGUCCUGGCACACCCCGAAAAAAGCGAAAGACAGAUCCUGCUGUGCUCGCAUUCGAUAGCAUAACCGAGGACACCAUUACAAGACCCGUUCCAGCAGCAGAACUAUGUUUAAAUCCAGGAGCCACCCACUUCGAUGCCUUCAAGGUUGGGACGCCUCAAAUACCUGAAAUGACGACGCAAUUACCUCCUAUCAAGGUGAACGUGGUUUUACGUGAGCUGGAGCAACCAUUUGUACAAAGUGAAAAGCGUACUACAACAAGCGAGGACGUCCUCGCGUUGCCUUUCGAGACACCUUCCAUACAGCAUAUUCUGAGUGAUUCGCAUGUUGAGGACACCGCCAGCCUCGAAAAGUUCUUGCCUCGGGAAAAAUCUGUACUGAGAAGCGAUCAAAUGCUGUGGAAAGAGCCAGGAUUCAAAUUGCUUACGGCUGAUGACGACGAACAAGACCUAAACAGCGAGGACUACUGCAUCGAUGAGUGGGAAGUGGGUACGCUUCAAGCUCAAGAAACCGAGCAGCCUAAGGAAUUGUCCGCUCAAUGUGUCGUGGACAAGAUCAACAUCGAUGGAGAGCAGGGACUAUUUGGGGCGAGUGACAGCGACCCAUCUAUCAACCAAAGUGAGCACAAAUCAACCACGGAGCCACCGAUUAACAAGGCAGACGUGUUGUGUGCUUCAGAUAUACCUCCAACUUCGCGUCGUCAAGCCUCUUUCGCAGCUCUUAGCAAGCAAAUAGCAAAGAACUCCUAUCUUGAGAAGAGUGUGUCUCCACUUCAGUCGACCAGUCUCCUAAACUUCUCCGAUCUACUAUCAAAUGCCAAAGCAAAAUCCGUCCUGCUAGGGAAAAAGAAGACAACUAGAACGACGUUCUCAAGCGAUUCUCUGUCCACCUUUCUUGACUUUCGAGGUAAGCAAUUCAAAACGUCUGCUCUUCGAAAACCACCGAAGACAGAAGAGCUCGAAGACGAUCGAAUUGUCUCAACACAACAGAGCGGUAUUGAGUGCCACGCUAGAUCAUUAACAAGUCCUAUUGACGAUUGCAAGGCACACCCACUGCCAGAGCCAGCACCAUCACCUUCAAUCCCGAGCCCAGAAAUUGUGCCUCUCACAGAAGCCAGAGUUAUCGUACUGAACGAGUCUCUUCUUCAGAGCAAGCCCUUAUUUAUUAGGUUCUUAGAGUUCCAGGCCUCAGAUAGACUGACACUGAUCUAUCGCGAACUCGAUAGUCCGUCCAGAAAGGGGCCGGACGUAAUCCUCGACACGAAAACAUGUCUUCUAGCUACGAGCUUGCAGUCCUUGAAUCAACGUCCGCUCCCUGGCCAGAACACAAAAACAGGCCUGUCCUCUGUGCAUGAUCAUAUUGCAGCCAACGCGCAACAAUACGAUCGUGUCAUCGUGCUGGUGCAUUCUGUGAAUAUCGAGGGUGGAACAUUGACAAUAAAAACCACAACAGAGCAGACACAAUUCACCUCUUUCUGUCACAGCUUCGAUGAUGGUGGUGGCAAAGAUGGGACACAAGUUACUCCAUAUUGGCUGUUUAGUAAUACAGCCUCCACAACAUGGGAUCUUGUCAAUGCAUGGGUAUGGCGUGUAAUUCAACGAUUUGCACAUCCUCUCACUUCAAACGUAGGGUUUCAGGACGCCAGUAUACAGCCAGAAGCAGCAGCCGUCAUCCAGGAUGAGACAGUGUGGGAACUACUGCUUGUCAAGGCUGGGUUGAAUCCAAUGGCAGCACAAAUUGUGAUUGGAUUAUGCAAGCAGACUGUAACUCCCUAUGCAAGUCUAGAUCAGGAUUGGGGACUGCAAAGACUCUGUUGCAUGAGUAUAGAGGCCAGACACAAGGCCUUUGACGAUGUGAUAGGCUGGAAAGCUGUUGAUAGAUUGAACCAUGCAUUGCAAAACUGA